AUGUCCGUCCCGAGAGAAGAAGUAGACGGGGAGACUUCGCCGCCGGCAGCGAAGAAAGUGCGGCGCACGCCAGCAACGUCGUCGGUGAAGCGCAAGCCGGCCUCUCUUGCUUGCCUUAAUUGUCGGCCGAGGAAGAUCAAGUGCCUGCGGAAUGAUGGGGCGUGUGAGAGAUGCCUGGCGCUCAACCUCGAAUGCCGGAUUCCCGAAAGGGAUGAGCGGAAGUUGCGGUACUCAAAAGAGUAUAUAGAAGGCCUUGAAAGUGAGAUUGAGGAACUCAGAGAGGCACUUCGAAAUCAACAAGCGCGCAGCUCCGAGUCGGCGAUAUCUCCCACACAACAAUCGGAUACCACAGCUUCCAGCGCAGAUGUUGACACAAAACUCGUUCGAAAGGAGGGAUCUCCGCCGGACAGUCUCAUCGAAAGACUAUGUGGCAACAAACGACGUGUGAACAGCAAUCCGGAUGGCCAAAGCCGAUAUUUCGGGCCUACUUCAUCCUUACAUCUGACCGAAACUCCCUCCUCAAUUUCCAGCUAUAGUCAGAGCCUUGGUGCCGAUAUCGAUAUCGACAAGGGCAUCCCGCAGGCUUUGCAGCAUCAAAUGCUUGAUCUCUACUGGACAUACCAGCACCCCAUCUUGCACUUCGUCCACAAAGAGGCGUUCCUCAGUUGCAUGGACGCCGGCAGAGGGCCGUACUUCAGCAAGUGCUUGUACUUAUGCAUCCUGGCUUCAGGCGCCCGACUGUCUUCUGAUCCACAUGUCCGAGCCCUUUCCAUCCCCUCAGAAGAUGACGACAACAAGAGCGAUCGACGGCCGCUCAUGAAACAGGCCGAAGACGCGCUGGAGAAGGAGAUCACGAGCCCGUCGGUCACGACUAUACAGUCCCUGUGUUUGCUCAGUAUCAUGUACUGUAUCCAGUCGAAUGAUACGAAGGGAUGGAUGCUUUCGGGCAAUGCCUGCCGUCUAGUGUUCGAUUUGGGUCUUCAUCAAGAUUGGACGUAUCUAUCAGCGACCAAAUUGUCAGGCGUUGACAUUGAGCUUCGCCAAAUCGUCUUCUGGGGAUGUUUUAAUCUUGACAGGCUGUGGGCUCUGUAUCUUGGGAGGCCUCCCUUCAUCAAACUUAUCGAUGUGUCCAUCAGAAGACCCGAGUGGAGUGCACGUACGUGGGACCUCAGGAUUUUCGCGGCCUGGGUGCAUCUGCUGGAUACCGCAGGCCAGAUCGCCGACAAGCUAAACACAAAUGCCUGUACACAAGGACAGAUUGACCAUUACUCUGAAGCUCUGCAGCAAUGGUACAACAGCCUUGACCCGACACUCCACGUAGAAACGAAUCCUACAUCAGCCGUAUACCAUCUGCAUCUGCAAUACUCGGCCAUGACUAUCCUUCUGAAUCGACACAAUGCUGGCUUCGGCAACUCAGAGAAGCGCAAUCACCCGGACACGAUAAAGUCGAGACAACAAUGUCUUCACCACGCGAGCAGAGUUGCCCAGAUGCUGCGAGACUACAAAGUCAUGUACGGCGAUGGUUCGACUCUCUUUGGCUCUGCACUCUACAACUGCACAAUGGCGGCGACAGUGCUAGUUGCAGAAAUAUCGGAGUCACGGAAGGGUGGCGCAUGCGACGAGAUGCACUGCUUGAUGGAGUGCCUUCGCACGAUGAAGGAGAUGGAGCACACGGAGAUCGUGGCAAAGAACGUGUUCAACAUCGUCCAGACCAUCAUGCGAGUAUGCAAUGUGCGAGAGGACACCAUCGCACAGGGCCUUCUCUCGACAGACAACUUUGGCUCGCCAGUCCAGCGCAUGGAACCUCCGGUUCAGCCACCCUACGACCCAUCGGUCAUCGGCUUGAAUCAGACGACGUUGGCGAUGUGGCCGGCUUAUGACUUCGAAGGCAUCUCAGGAGGGUUCCCAUUUGCUUUUGAGCAACCGGUUAUGACGAAUGGGUAUUCGGGGGUUAGUCUGCCUCCUAUGGAUCCUUAUUACAUGACAUGA